CCGAGCACAGCAACACCACACAUCAGCGCCCAUCAUGCAGCUGACAACCCUCGCGUGCGGGCUGCUCGCCCUCUUUGCCUCUCAGGUGUCGGCGACGGCAUUGACCUACAAGCUGGUCGCGAACGAGAAGGCAUGUUUCUAUGCCAACAACCAGGAAAAGGCCCAGAAGAUCGCAUUCUACUUUGCUGUACAAUCCGGUGGCUCUUUCGAUGUUGACUUCGAGGUUACCGCCCCGUCGGGCAAAAUUGUCACAGAAGGCACAAAAGAACGCCAGGGAGACUUUGUCUUCACGGGCAACGAGAUCGGCGACUACUCGUUCUGCUUCAACAACGAGAUGAGUACAGUUACCGACAAGUUCGUCGACUUUGAGAUUGCCGUCGAGAACGAAGCCCGAGUCGACCUCCCAUCAAAGAAGGGAACUUCUCCUGAGCAGACCACCUCCCUCGAGGAGUCCGUUAUAAAGAUCUCUGGCCAGCUGUCGACCAUGUCCCGCAACCAGAAGUACUUCCGCACGCGCGAGAACCGCAACUUCAGCACUGUCAGGAGCACAGAGAAGAGGAUCGUCAACUUCAGCCUGGUGCAGUGCGGCCUCAUUAUCUGCAUGGGCGCUCUCCAGGUGUUUGUGGUGCGCUUCUUCUUCCAGGGCGCGAGAAAGGGCUAUGUAUAAACCAUACGAGCAUAGUAAGAGAAGAGAGGGGAAGAAAAGAGAGAGAGAAAAGGGGAGGGGGUUGUCAAUACCCGAGGUGCUCGAGUUGGUCAUGGGAGUUUCAUGCACGGCGUUUACUCUGAUAGCCUCAUCGGCGGAUGUCACGAAUCGGUUUU